GCGGCCCAGUACUGAUAAUCCAACUAUCAACUCAAUAUUGAUGGAGUGGCAGCCAGAUGAGCAGGGACUCCAGCAGGUCCUCCAACUGCUCAAAGACUCACAGUCACCCAACACAGUCACGCAGAGAGCUGUCCAACAAAAACUUGAACAACUCAACCAGUUCCCUGACUUCAACAAUUAUCUAAUUUUUGUCCUCACACGACUCAAAACUGAAGAUGAGCCAACUCGUUCUCUGAGCGGUCUGAUUCUGAAGAACAAUGUUAAGGCCCACUACCAGAACUUCCCACCAGCUGUUGCUGACUUUAUCAAGAAGGAAUGCCUCAACAACAUUGGCGACCCCUCGCCGCUCAUCCGUGCUACCAUUGGCAUCCUGAUCACAACUAUUGCCUCCAAGGGAGAGCUACAGACAUGGCCAGAGCUGCUGCCCCAGCUCUGCAACUUGCUCAACUCAGAGGACUACAACACCUGUGAGGGCUCGUUUGGAGCACUGCAGAAGAUCUGCGAGGACUCGUCGGAGCUGCUGGACAGCGACGCUCUGAACAGACCCCUCAACAUUAUGAUACCUAAAUUCCUUCAGUUCUUCAAGCACUGCAGCCCCAAGAUUAGGUCCCAUGCCAUUGCCUGUGUGAACCAGUUCAUCAUCGGCAGAGCCCAGGCCCUAAUGGACAACAUUGACACUUUCAUAGAGAGCCUGUUUGCGCUGGCAGCAGAUGAGGACUCUGAGGUUCGAAAGAACGUGUGCCGAGCCCUGGUCAUGUUACUGGAGGUCCGCAUUGACCGCCUCAUCCCCCACAUGCACAGCAUCAUCCAGUACAUGCUGCAGCGGACCCAGGACCCUGAUGAGAACGUGGCUCUUGAGGCCUGUGAGUUCUGGCUGACUCUAGCAGAGCAACCCAUCUGUAAGGAGAUGCUGUCCGGACACCUGGUGCAACUGAUACCUAUCCUUGUGAAUGGGAUGAAGUACUCAGAGAUAGACAUCAUACUAUUAAAGGGUGAUGUGGAGGAGGACGAGGCGGUACCAGACAGCGAUCAGGACAUCAAGCCCCGUUUCCACAAGUCGCGCACUGUCACCUUGCAGCACGAAGGAGGGGAGGGUGAGGAGGGUGAGGACAUCGAAGAAGACGACGACGACGAUGACGACACUCUGUCAGACUGGAAUCUGCGAAAGUGUUCGGCCGCAGCCCUGGACGUGCUGGCCAACGUGUUCCGCGACGAGCUACUGCCCCACCUCCUGCCGCUCCUCAAAGGCCUGCUCUUCCACCCCGACUGGGUCAUCAAGGAGUCUGGCAUCCUGGUGUUGGGUGCCAUAGCUGAGGGCUGCAUGCAGGGCAUGGUGCCCUACCUGCCGGAGUUGAUCCCCCACCUCAUCCAGUGUCUGUGCGACAAGAAGGCCCUGGUGCGCUCCAUUGCCUGCUGGACCCUGAGUCGCUAUGCACAUUGGGUGGUCUCCCAGCCUCCCGACUCCUACCUCAAACCCCUCAUGACAGAGCUUCUGAAACGCAUCCUUGACGGCAACAAGAGGGUGCAGGAGGCUGCCUGCAGUGCGUUUGCCACUCUGGAAGAGGAGGCGUGCACAGAGCUGGUGCCCUACCUGAGCUUUAUUCUGGACACGCUGGUCUUUGCCUUUGGAAAGUACCAGCACAAGAAUCUCCUCAUCCUCUAUGAUGCCAUAGGAACUCUGGCUGACUCAGUGGGUCACCACCUUAAUCAGCCUGAGUACAUACAGAAGUUGAUGCCCCCCCUUAUUGCAAAGUGGAACGAGCUGAAGGACGAAGACAAGGAUCUCUUCCCACUACUGGAGUGUCUGUCGUCAGUAGCCACUGCCCUGCAGAGUGGCUUUCUGCCUUACUGUGAGCCUGUCUAUCAGCGCUGUGUCACACUAGUCCAGAAGACACUAGCUCAGGCUAUGAUGUACAAUCAGCACCCAGACCAGUAUGAGGCUCCUGACAAGGAUUUUAUGAUCGUGGCCCUGGAUCUGCUGAGCGGCUUGGCUGAGGGUUUGGGGGGGAAUGUGGAACAGCUAGUGGCCCGCUCCAACAUCAUGACCCUGCUUUUCCAGUGCAUGCAGGACACAAUGCCUGAAGUGAGGCAAAGCUCUUUUGCUCUGUUGGGUGAUUUAACCAAAGCCUGCUUCCUCCAUGUGAAGCCUUGUAUUGCUGAGUUCAUGCCUAUCCUGGGGCUCAACCUGAACCCAGAGUUUAUCUCGGUGUGUAACAACGCGACCUGGGCCAUUGGGGAGAUCUCCAUGCAAAUGGGUGCAGAGAUGCAGCCGUAUGUGGGCAUGGUCCUGCCACACCUGGUCGAGAUCAUCAAUAGACCCAACACACCCAAGACUCUGCUGGAAAACACAGCCAUUACAAUUGGCAGACUGGGUUAUGUCUGUCCCCAGGAAGUGGCGCCACAGCUGCAGCAUUUCAUUAGACCAUGGUGCACAUCGCUGAGGAAUAUCCGAGAUAAUGAGGAGAAGGACUCGGCCUUCAGGGGAAUCUGUGUAAUGAUUGGCGUCAACCCUGCAGGAGUGGUGCAGGACUUCAUUUUCUUCUGUGAUGCUGUGGCCUCCUGGGUCAACCCCAAGGAUGACCUGAGAGACAUGUUUUAUAAAAUUCUUCAUGGCUUCAAGGACCAGGUCGGGGAAGAGAACUGGCAGCAGUUCUCUGAGCAGUUCCCUCCUCUGUUGAAGGAGCGCCUGUCUGCCUGCUACGGCGUCUAACCUAACCUUCCCCUGGUCCACACAGGACAUCAACCUGUUAGGUUAAUGUAGGGGAGGGUUACUGGGGAACUCAUUGCACUGCCCAGAUCACGGGGGAGAAACAAGAGCUGGAGGGAUGUGACUGGCCUUGACCCUCCAUUCAGCGGAUGGCCCCCUUUCCCCCCCGCGCCCUG